AUGGGAAACCUGCUCAAAGUCCUUACCAGGGAAAUUGAAAACUACCCACAUUUUUUCCUGGAUUUUGAAAAUGCCCAGCCCACAGAAGGAGAGAGGGAAAUAUGGAACCAGAUCAGCGCCGUGCUUCAGGAUUCCGAGAGCAUCCUUGCAGACCUGCAGGCGUACAAGGGCGCGGGGCCAGAGAUCCGAGAUGCCAUCCAAAAUCCCAAUGACAUUCAGCUUCAGGAAAAAGCUUGGAAUGCAGUGUGUCCUUUGGUUGUGAGACUGAAGAGAUUUUAUGAGUUUUCCAUCAGGCUAGAAAAAGCUCUUCAGAGUUUAUUGGAAUCUCUGACCUGUCCACCCUACACACCAACCCAGCACCUGGAGCGGGAGCAGGCCCUGGCCAAGGAAUUUGCGGAAAUUCUGCAUUUCACCCUUCGAUUCGAUGAGCUGAAGAUGAGGAACCCAGCUAUUCAGAAUGACUUCAGCUACUACAGAAGGACCAUCAGUCGCAAUCGCAUCAACAACAUGCAUCUAGACAUUGAGAAUGAAGUCAACAAUGAGAUGGCAAAUCGAAUGUCCCUGUUCUAUGCAGAAGCCACGCCGAUGCUGAAAACCCUCAGCAACGCCACCAUGCACUUUGUCUCCGAAAACAAAACCCUGCCAAUAGAGAACACCACAGACUGCCUCAGUACGAUGACAAGUGUUUGUAAAGUCAUGCUGGAAACUCCGGAAUACAGGAGUAGGUUUACCAGUGAAGAAACGCUGAUGUUCUGCAUGAGGGUCAUGGUGGGGGUCAUCAUCCUCUACGACCACGUGCACCCUGUAGGAGCUUUCUGCAAGACAUCCAAGAUCGAUAUGAAAGGCUGCAUAAAGGUUUUGAAGGAACAGGCCCCAGACAGUGUGGAGGGGCUGCUGAAUGCCCUCAGGUUCACUACAAAGCACUUGAAUGAUGAAUCGACUUCCAAACAGAUUCGAGCGAUGCUUCAGUAA